AUGGAGGCUGCAAGGGUUGUCGCCCCUGUCCACGGCCCUGAACCAAGACCUCUCUACCGGGAAUGGAGUCUGGAAGACUUCCUGAAGCACCAUCCAGUCAAGUUCAAUGGAAAGACCAGUCCGGAUGUCGUAAAUCAGUGGCUGAAGGACAUUGAGAGAAUAUUCGAUGCUAAGAUGUGCCCUGAGGAGAGUAGGUUGGCCUUCGCGGUGUACAUGCUCACGAGUGAGGCUAAGCACGGGUGGAUCAGUAUGAAGUCCAUCAUGGAGGAGAGGCAGGAACCAGUUACUUGGGAACCAUUAACUCAAGGCAGCAAAUCUGUGGCUGAGUAUGCGGAAAAGUUCAAGCAUCUCAGUCGUUUCUACACAAUGCCGUUGGAUGAAGAGUGGCGAUGCUGGAAGUUCAAGAACGACCUUCGUGGAGAUCUUCGUUUGAUGGUGGCCCUGCUAUCCAUCAAGGACUUUGCAGCCUUGAUGGAGAAGGCUAGGGUCAUGGAGAAGAUGAAGGUGGAGGUGGAAACCCAACACCCAUACCAGAAGAGAGUGGGAGGACCAUCUGGGUCCAGGCAUAGGCACAAAGAGAGGAGGAAACCCUAUAUUAGGCCCCAUUCCCAGUCUCAUGGGUCUAGGGAGCCUCCUUCCCAACAGAGUAGGAUUUAG